GUUGACGGAGGGGGCUGUUGCGUUCCGAGGCACGCCGGGGCGUGCCUUGGCGGAGGGGAGUCGUGUUGGGGGCGGGUGUGCGAGGACGGGGCCGGAUGCUGCUGCGCGUCGUCGUCGGUUUUUUUUUUUGUCUCUCCUUGGUCACUCCUUGCUGGUGGUUGUCCCGCUUUUUCCCUCCCCCUCCUCUUCUGCAACACGCGUGUUGUUUGCGCUUCUAGGACAGCUUUGCAGUAACAGUAUUGCACCCGCGGUGCCACGCGUCGACGAGGAACCGAAAGGAAAAGUGUCCAGCGAUGGAGUAUCGCAUCAAUGA